AUGGUUACGGCGGCGGAGAAGAGCCCCGAAAGGGAGGAGUCGUCGAACCCGCGCGCGGAGGCUUUUCUGGAGAUCAUCUGCCGCGUCCCGGCGGGGGAGGUGGAGGCGGCGCUGUCCGCUUGCGGCAUCGGCCCCACGGCGGAGGUCGAGGAACUGGUGCUCAAGUCCCGCGAGAGCUACAAGCGCCCCAGGUCCGCCGUCCGCUUCUUCCGCUGGGCGGGGCACUCCGUGUCGCACACCGCCUACGCAUGGAACCUCCUCGUCGACAUCCUCGGCAAGGCGGCCAUGUUCGAGCCCAUGUGGGACGCCAUCCGCUCCAUGCACCAGGAGGGCGGUGGCGGCCUCGUCUCCGUCGCCACGUUCGCGUCCGUCUUCGCCUCCUACUGCGCCAGUGGCAACCUCAAGGAUGCCAUCGCGGCCUUAGACGUCAUGGACCGCUACGGCCUCAAGCCCGACGCCGUCGCCCUCAACUCGCUGCUCUCGGCGAUCUGCCGCGUCGAGGGCCGCGCGCAGGUGGCGCACGACGUCUUCGAGCGCACCAAGGCUACCAUCCCACCCGACGCCGACACGUUCGCGAUACUGCUCGAGGCAUGUGAGAAGGAGGGGAACGCGGUGCGCGCCAAGAGCGUCUUUGGCGAGAUGGUCGUCCGCGUCGGCUGGGACGCAGCCAACGUGGCCGCGUACGACUCCUUCCUCUCCACUCUCGUCCGCGGCGGCCUGUUCGACGAGGCGUUCAAAUUCCUGCAGGUGAUGCGGAGCAAGGGCUGCUUGCCGGGGAUCAAUUUUUUUGCUACCGCUGUGGAUCUGGUCGUCCGCAAGCGUGACCACACCAACGCCGUAGCCAUCUGGAAUAUGAUGGUCUCUGAAGCUGGCCUCGUUCCCAAUUUCUCAAUGUACAACGCCAUGAUUGGCCUCUACUGCAAUGCUGGUAGCAUGGACUAUGCCCUUGGGAUGCUUGAUGAAAUGCCCCUCAACGGCGUCUUUGCAAAUUCUGUCACAUACAAUACCAUACUGGAGGGAUUCACCAAGCAUCGCAAGGCUCGUGAGGCUGAAAGUUUCCUAAAGGAAAUGAGCAAGAAUGAGCAACUGCCUACUGCAUCCAAUUGCGCUGCUGCUAUCAUCUUGUUCUUUAAGGAGUUUAACCCAUCUGCAGCAAUCGACGUGUGGCGCUGUAUUGUGGAGCACAACAUUACCCCAGCUGAGGACUCUGCCAAAGAGCUAAUAGCAGGGCUGCUUGAUUUUGGCAGGUUAACUGAGGUGAAGAGGCGUGCCGAUGAGAUGAUUGACAUGAGAGUUGAGUUGUCACGAUCCACGAUGGAGAAUAUGAAGCAUGUUUUUGCUAAGGCUAACAGGCACCAAGAAUAUGACCACAUUGCAAGAAGGCUGAAGCGAUAUUAG